CGACGACACCGACAUCGACAUCGACGACGAUCACCACGACCGUCGCAGUUUUAUCUCGUCAUCAAAGGCACGGUUGAUCGCCCCGCCCGAUCCCCCACCCCGCGGCUCCGCCGGAUUCCCGCGCACCGCAGCGCGCAGAGCCUUCAAGACUAAAGUGUCAAACGCUGCGCCGAGACAUCCACCCACGCCACCGCCACUGCCAUGCCCUCGCCCACAUCCCGGCGCCCGGCGCACGAGCGCGCGUCCUCGUCGUCCUCGCACCCGCGCCCGCAGCAAGCCACGUUCGUGAACGGCGGCAACCCGCUGGCGCCGCGCCUGGCCGGCGGCCUGAUGGAGCGCGAGACGCAGUACGACGCGGAGAGCGAGGGCGCCCGCUCGCCCUCGGCGUCGCCGACCCGCAGCCGCAGCCGGCCGGUCGGCACGCCCACGCCGGCUGGGCGCGCCGCCGCCCACGAGCACGACCGCGAGGACGAGGACGAGGACGGGGACGGGGACGCCCCGCGCGGCCAGAGCUGGGAUAAUGUCCGCGACGGCUCGAUUUCGCGGCGCCCCGCGUGGCGCCGCCCCAGCCCCCGCUGGGUCCUCCCCUUCGUCCUCGGCGUCACCCUCUCGCUGGGCAUGACGCUCGCCGUCCGCGCCGAGCUCUACCUCGACCUCGCGUGUCUCGUGCAUCCCCCGCGCACCCCGGCGUCCGUAUACCCCGUGUCGCUCGAGAGCAGCGGCGCCGCGCUCGACGCCACGCCCCUCUGGCCGACGGAUGUCGUCGCGCACGCGCACGGCAAUUUCUCCGUCGCCGCCGCCGCUGUGGACACGCCCGCGCCCGCGCCAGGCCUCACCCCCGCCGAGCGCUGGUUCCGGUGGGCGCAGCACGACAUAUUCUCGUACCUCGAAGGCCGGCGCGACGGGGGCGGCGGCGGCGGCGACGGCGACGGCAGCAUCCCGCUCCCGUCGGACCCGGAGCCCGGCAAGCCGCGGCCCACGCCGUUCCCCGAAAUCGACCCGGCGCAGUGCAAGCGCGACGCGGGCGUGCAGCAGGCGUCGGCGCGCCUGACGCAGAUCAUUGCCGUCGUCUCCGGCCUGCUCUCGGCGAUCACGACGGGCUGUUGGGCAGCCUACUCUGACCGCCGGGGGCGCCGCAUCGUGCUCGCCAUCACGGAAGUAGGCUUGCUGCUGAACGACAUCUGCUUCCUCACGAUCGCGCGGCACCCGCGCCUCGUCGUGCAGUCGCGCCUGUGGAUCCUGCUCCUCGGCCCGGCGAUCGACGGCCUCCUCGGCGGCUUCAGCACGAUCGUGGCCGCGAUGCACGCCUACAUCUCCGACGUGACGCCGGACGGCUCGCGCGCGACCGCGUUCUCCCGCCUCGGCGCAGCGAUUAUGGCGGGUAUGGCCGUCGGCCCCGUGCUCGGCUCGGCGCUGAUUAACGCAACCGGCUCGCUCCUCGCCCCCUUCUACAUCUCCAUCACGGUGCAUGCGCUCUGGGUUGUGCUCAUCCGCUUCCUCCUCCCCGAGAGCUUGAGCAGCGACUCGCGCGACAUCCUGCGCAAGCGCGCCAAGGUCGCGAGUGCGGCGCAGCGCGAGCGCGACGCCGUCGAGCGCGCGUGGGAGCACGACGGCGAUGGCGUCCCCAACGACGGGGACUCGAGCUUCUCCCGCAUCGCGGCGCCCGUGCGUGGCAACCGCACCGCGCGCCGCGCCAUGGGCUUUGCGCGCCGCAUUGGCCGCCGCGCCGUCCUCCCCCUCCAGCCCCUCGGCGUGUUCUGGCCACAGAAGGACGAGGACGGGCGCAGGAACUACAACCUCCUCCUCAUGGGAGUUCUUAACUUUGUCAUUGCCAAUAUGAUGGGCGCCGUCGCCGUCAAAGCAAACUACACGUUCUGGGCGUUCGGGUGGUCGCCGGCCCAGCUCGGCCCGUACCUAAGCUACAUGAGCGUGUGCCGCCUGCUUGUGCUCCUCGUGAUCCUCCCGCUCAUCCUGCGCACCGUCAAGCCCUUCUUCCGCGAACCGGCGUUCGACGAAGCAGCGUCCGAACGCACGCCGCUGCUCUCGGCGCGCGAUGGCAGCCCCGGCGCGUCGGGCAUCUCGGCCGUGUCCGUGUCCGCGGCCUCGGGCGUCUCCGCCACCUCGGACGCGCCAAAGCCCAAACCCAAACGCUCCGCCAAGCUCGACCUCUGGAUCGUGCGCGUCUGCCUCUUCCUCGACAUGUGCGGAUACCUCAUGAUGGGGUUGAACGGCGCGGACAGCGUCGCCCUCUUCUUGGCGGGCAGCACCGUCGCGUCGCUCGGCACGCCGAGCGCGCCCGUCGCCAACUCGCUCGCCCUCAGCUUCCUCCCGAACCGGCACGACGUCGGCCGCCUCUUCGGCGGCAUGGCGGUGCUGCAUGCCAUCGGCACGAAUCUCGUCGCGCCCAUGGUCUUCUUCUCCAUCUUCUCCGCGACGGUCGCGACGUACGCGCCCACCAUCUUCCUCGUGGCUGCGUCGCUCGUGUUUGUUGGCCAAGCGACUGUGUGGCUUGUACGCACGCCACGCCGCGAAGACGAGGAGCGCGGGCGCGGGCGCGGCGUGCGCCAGACCCGCGCCGCAGCCGAGUAGAGCGCCCCGGCCAGAUGUGUAGACUCUGAUAAAUUAUUCAUACAGCAUAAUGCCCGUAAUGUAUCGAUCUGCC